GCCUCCUGAAGGGAAGGGCGACGGUGGCUCGGGGACCUUUCCUUGAGUGUGGACGUUCCCUGCUGGGAGCGUCUGCGCCUGCGCCGCCUUCGGGUGGUUCGGACGCGCUCUGCUGCCCGGCCUGCGGGCUUCAGUGGAAGCUUGUUGCUCAAGAGCAGGGGUCCUCAAACUACGGCCCGCGGGCCGGAUACGGCACCCCAGGGUCCUCAGUCUGGCCCGCCGGUGUUUACAGACCCGCUGUCGGGGGGGAAACCAAACAGCCACUUCCUGCUCGCCUGCCUCCGCAGCCCCCAAGCAUCCGCCGGGGCUGCGCUGGGAUCAAACCAUAGUCCGGCUCCCAACACUGCUGGGCUGGAACCAAGCCAUAGUCCGGCUCCCGACACUGCUGGGCUGGAACCAAGCCAUAGUCCGGCUCCCGACACUGCUGGGCUGGAACCAAGCCAUAGUCCGGCUCCCGACACUGCUGGGCUGGAACCAAGCCAUAGUCCGGCUCCCGACGCUGCUGGGCUGGAACCAAACUAUAGUCCGGUCCCCGGCAGCCUCAGGGACAGUGAACCGUCACCCUGUUUAAAAAGUUCGAGGACCCCUGCUCAAGAGAGCGAAGCUACUGCUUCAGCUACUAGUAACGUUUCCCCAGGGUCGAGGAAGCAGGUAUGAUAUUUAAGGCACUAGCGGAGGAGAACCCUGCAGCGGAGCCGCAGGAAGACCGCGGGAGCAGCUCCGGGAGGAGCUGGGGUCAGAUGGUCACAGCUGGUGUCGGUGGGACCUUGCUGGCGCUCUAUGCUGUGGUUAUCCCCUUUGUGACCCCAGCUUUGAGGAAAGUGUGCCUGCCCUUCGUUCCUGCAACUUCCACCCAGAUCCAGAACGUCCUGAAAAUGUUAGAAAACAGAAGUGGCUCACUGGUUGACAUUGGUAGUGGAGAUGGCCGUAUUGUGAUAGCAGCUGCAAAAAAGGGAUUCAAAGCUGUUGGCUGUGAAUUAAAUCCCUGGCUGGUCUGGUACUCCAGGUACCGUGCCUGGAGAGAUGGGGUACAUCAGAAUACCAAAUUUUAUAUUUCAGACUUGUGGAAGGUUUCCUUUUCCUGUUACACAAAUGUUGUUGUUUUUGGGGUACCUCAGAUGAUGCCACAAUUGGAGAGGAAGCUGGAAGAAGAACUUGAGUAUAAUGCCAGAAUCAUUGCCUGUCGUUUUCCUUUCCCUUCCUGGAUCCCAGAUCAUACUGCUGGAGAAGGAACAGACACUGUGUGGGUCUAUGAUUUGAAACAUUCUAGAGCCUGUAAAACAAAAAGCUUGGAAAUUACACCAGAGAUGAAAUCCUAAACAUCUAAUUUUGUUUAGUAUUGGAGUUUUUCACUUUGACUUCAUCUCUUGAAGAGGAGAUUAAUGUGAAUAUAGCCCCUAAAAUAAAUGCAGUAUGCUGGUUAUCUGAAAGUACAGGAAGGUUCUGGAAGAGUGUGGUUCAAUGACUUAAUUAGUGACAAUUACGGGAGUUUUAUAGAAGCAGAAGAUUUUGAUAUGGAAGAUGGGAUAAAACACAGUUCAGUACUGUUCAAGAGAAUGUAUUUUAUUGGAAUGGUAUAUUAAAUGAAAUGGAAGUUGAAAUGCUCAAAUUGGUGAAGUUAAUACAUGCAUUCUUUCUGAGCCUACACAGCA